AUGAAGUCCCCAUUCCUGCGGCGCCUCCCUCUGCGGAGGGCUGCGUCCAUGGCCAAGCCCGCCGUCGCCAUAGCCCGCGCAGCCAGCAGCAGCGUCUCGCAAAGACCAAACUCCGACUACGUCUCCUUCCCCGGCGCCCUCAAGAGCGCCUUUGCGAGCGAGCUGCGCUUCGAAACCCCCGCCUCGUACGCGGCGCUGCCCACCUACCGCGUCGUCGACCAGCACGGCAAGGUGGUGGACCAGUCCUUCCAGGCGGACAUUUCCGACGAGCAAGUCGUCGAGCUGUACAAGAACAUGCUGUACAUAUCCAUCAUGGACCUCAUCAUGUUCGAUGCGCAGCGCCAAGGCCGCCUCAGCUUCUACAUGGUGAGCGCCGGCGAGGAGGCUGUCAGCGUGGGCAGCGCGAGCGUCCUGGACCCGGAGGAUCCCGUCUACUGCCAGUACCGGGAGCAGGGCUUCUUCAAGCAAAGAGGCUUCACCACGAAGGAGUUUAUGUCGCAGCUGUUUGCCAAUAAGAACGAUACCGGCAAGGGGAGAAACAUGCCCAUCCACUACGGCUCCGGGCGGCUGCACAUUCACACCGUCUCCUCGCCUCUUGCAACGCAGAUGCCGCAAGCGUCGGGAGCUGGCUACGCACUCAAGAUACAGAGGAUGCAGGAACCCAAGUCCAAGCCCCGGGUGGCCGUGUGCUUCUUUGGCGAGGGGGCGGCCAGCGAGGGCGACUUCCACGCCGCCAUGAACAUUGCUGCCACGCGCUCGUGUCCCGUCGUCUUCAUCUGCCGCAACAACGGCUAUGCUAUCUCGACGCCGACCCUGGAGCAGUACCGGGGAGACGGCAUCGCCAGUCGCGGCAUCGGCUACGGGAUAGACACGAUCCGCAUCGACGGCAACGACAUCUGGGCGGUCCGGGAAGCCGUCAAGAAGGCACGCGAGAUGGCGCUCCAGGACGGCGGGAAGCCGGUGCUGAUCGAGUGCAUGACGUACCGCGUCUCCCACCAUAGCACCUCUGACGACUCGUUUGCCUACCGGGCGCGGGUCGAGGUGGAGGACUGGAAGAGGCGCGACAAUCCCAUCACGCGGCUGAGGAAGUGGAUGGAGACCAAGGGGUGCUGGGACGAGGCCAAGGAGAAGGAGGCCCGGGACAGCCUGCGGCGGGAGAUCCUCAAGGGCUUCGCCGAGGCGGAGAAGGAGAAGAAGCCGGCGCUGCGGGCGAUUUUCGAGGACGUAUACGAGGAGCUGACGGACGACCUCCGGGACCAGAUGGGCCAGCUCAAGGAGAUGCUGGACAAGUACCCGGACGAGUACGACGUGGCCGAGUUUGAGGGGGGCAAAGACAGCUUGAAGCCGUGA